AUGGCGUGUGGCAGCAGGAGGGUCACUAUCCAGCUGGUGGACGAGGAGGCAGGGCCUGGAACCAGGGGCCCGAAGCCCUUUCGGGGCCAGAGAUACGAGGCAAUCCGAGCAGCCUGCCUGGAUGAGGGAAUCCUGUUCUGCGAUCCUUACUUCCCUGCUGGCCCCGAUGCCCUUGGCUACGAUGAGCUGGGGCCGGACUCGGAGAAGGCCAAAGGGGUGGAAUGGCUGAGGCCCCAUGAGUUUUGCGCCGAGCCCCAGUUCAUCUGUGAGGAUAUGAGCCGAACAGACGUGUGUCAGGGGCGUCUAGGUAACUGCUGGUUUCUUGCGGCCGCUGCCUCCCUCACUCUGUAUCCCCGGCUCCUGUGCCGGGUGGUGCCCCCUGGACAGGGGUUCCAAGGGGGCUACGCAGGUGUCUUCCACUUCCAGCUCUGGCAGUUUGGCCGCUGGGUGGACGUCGUGGUGGACGACAGGCUGCCGGUGCGUGACGGGAAGCUGAUGUUCGUGCGCUCGGAUCAGCGGAACGAGUUCUGGGCCCCGCUCCUGGAAAAGGCCUAUGCCAAGCUCCACGGCUCCUAUGAGGUGAUGCGAGGCGGCCACAUGAAUGAGGCCUUCGUGGACUUCACAGGCGGCGUGGGCGAGGUACUCUACCUGAGGCGAGACACCCCAGGCCUCUUCUCUGCCCUGCGCCAUGCCUUGGCCAAGGAGUCCCUCGUGGGCGCCACUGCCCUGAGUGAUCGGGGCGAGUACCGCACCGAAGACGGGCUGGUGAAGGGACACGCGUAUUCAGUCACGGGCACAUACAAGGUGUCCCUGGGCUUCACCAAGGUGCGGCUGCUGCGGCUGCGGAACCCAUGGGGCCGCGUGGAGUGGACCGGGGCCUGGAGCGACAGAGGGAAUGAGGCUGUUCCUCUCCUGGAAGAAGCCAGCCUUUCCUAA